GCUUCAUUUAUUACGGCCAGUUUCAGGGAACAAACAACCUCUGCCAACUGGCCCCACUGUUUAGCCGUUCCUUCGAUUGUCUCCGGAUUUCGUGCGAUUCAUGAAUACUCGGAGCGACAAUACUUUCAUUUUAACUCGACGACGGUGUCUUCCCCUUCAUGCUUGUUCUGCACGCAAUAUAGAAGCUAAUCUAGCUAAUGGCUUCCCGCUCUCCCUCGGCUUCCAUAGCCUAUCGGUAGAAAUCUGAGAGAUGGCAUCAUCUCAAAGUAAUGCUCACUCGGAAGCGGCAAAGAUGGAACAAAUAAUCACCGAGUUCUUCGCCAAAAGUCUACACAUAAUCCUCGAAUCAAGGGCACUUUAUGUGUCGUCACGCAAUUCCAGUGGUGAUCCAACCGUGACAUCUCCAUCUUCUUCUUCAUCACCAUCAUCAUCGCCGAGUGUUCGACCAAGGGAUAAAUGGUUCAAUUUGGCGCUCCGGGAAUGCCCGGCAGCAUUGGAAAACAUUGACCUCUGGCGUCAGAGCAAUCUAGAACCUAUAGUGGUGGAUGUGAUUUUAAUGCAGAAGCCCCUGGACUGGGACCCUAUGAGUCUUUCCCCAAAAAGGGAUCUCCAAAGGAAUUCUUCCUUGAAAGAAGGAUGGAAUGCUGAUCAGGAAGAAUUGGGAGUUGAGGCAAAGAGUGAGAAGAUUGUAGAGAGAUGGGUGCUUCAAUAUGAGAGCAGAAAGGCCAGGGAGUCAAAUUCAAGCAGUAGGAGGUCGAGCAGCAUUUCGCUGCAUGGCCUGUAUAAGAAAUUGACAUUACUUUUGAGGUCUCUUUAUGCUAGUGUUAGACUUCUACCCGCUUAUAAGAUUUUCAGAGAUGUUAAUUUAUCUGGACAAAUUCGCACUUUUACCCUUUUUCAUCGAGUAUCUUCUUUUGCCGAGCCUUUCACCCGUAAAGUAGAGGCCGAAAUGCUGAAAUUUGGAUUCACUCCUGUUGAUACUUCUUGUGGUCGGCUCUGCAUUUUAGUCAAGUAUUGCCCAUCUGUCUUGGAUGUAAGCUUCGAACCAUCAACUCCUAUAUCUCCUCGAGUUAUAACUGAUUAUAUUGGGAGUCCAUUGGCUGAUCCUUUGAGGAGGUUUCCAUCACUCCCUGUGACGGGAUUGCCAUCACAUUGCUCUCUAUCUCCAUUGCCAUUUUCAAGGCGGCAUAGUAGGAGUUUUGACCGUUGUAGAGCUUCACCACCUUCUAUGGUUCCCUCACCUUCACCAACACAUUCAGAACCACGCAUGACAGUUUUUAAUGCAACUUCUAGCCGUUUUUCACCCUCAAGUUUGCCUCCUCAUCCGUCUGAGAUGUCUCUUGUUCAGAAAAAUAAAACUUUUGAUGAGUAUUAUCCCUCGCCAAUCAUGUCCCCAUCUCCCUCCCCAUCACCUCCAAUCUAUAGUCAUGGGUCAUCACAUUCAAGGGCACUCUUACGUUCUGAAAGUGCUCCAGUCACCAUUCCCACUGCUAAUGUUGCCAAUUUGCCUGAAACUGUCAAUAGACACGACUUGCUUUCAUCUCCAUCUAAGAUGGAUAGAGGUGUGAACAUAAUACAAUAUGGUGGAACAGCUGAGAAGCUGUUUUCUCUUGGAAGAGAUGAGUCAAAAAAGUCUUUUGGACUGACAGCAUCCCAAGCCUUGCCGCAGAUUUCAUUUUCCAGGAGCUCCAGUAGGUCUUAUCAGGAUGAUUAUGAGGACCCUGAUUUCACCUGUCCUUUUGAUGUGGAUGAUGUUGAUAUGAUAGAUCCAAGUAGCAGGCUGGAAUCUUCUGAUCAUGGUUGUAUGGGUGACAUGCUUGAAACUGGAGGAUUAUAUCCUAUAAGAAAGUCUCAAGAUGCUGCUGUUGGUGCCCUUGUGCAUAUGCUGAAAAAAGCACCACCUCUCCGUCAAGACUCCUGCACUUCAGAAGAGUUCUCUGAAGGUUCUAGUCCUCAAAGAUAUAGCAUAAACACUACAGAGGACAAUAACAUCCUAGAGUCACCAAUUCCAGCGAGCAUGAUAUCUUCUGGGUUCUUAACUAAGAAAACAACCGCCGAGGCAUUGGAAGAGUUCCAAGGUUACAGGGAGAUGAAAAAUUCAUUGCUUAUGCGAGGUAGCAAGCCCUAUAGUUGAACUAUACUUUUGAAGAGAGAGAUUCUGGCAGAAGAACAGUACUGUUCUAAAUUUUUGUUGAUAUUGAUUCUGUAAAGUGUGUGCAGUUUUUUUUUCCCCUAGAACUAGGAGUGCCAGCUGAAGGAUCUGUCACUCCAUUUGUAAAUAAAUGUGACUAGGUCCAUGACUCCGGAGUUUUGAUGGAAUGACCAGGUUUAGCCUGUAUGUUAUUGUCUUAUCUUGUGUAAAUAAAUCCAUUUGUGAAUGGCUACUCAUUGUAUAUAAUGAGGCAGAAUAGUUUAAUUUAA